AUGAGGUGGCAAAGUGCAGUGGUUUUCCUGGCGACACUUGCGGUUGUGGCGUCAGAAAAUGACCCGAAAGUGUGCUUCUCCUCGGGAUGCGUCCUGGGAAAGACAUCUCUUGGCUUCCAUCGUCCUUACGAGGCCUUCCUUGGCAUUCCCUACGCGCGACCGCCUGUCGAGGGUCAGAGAUUCCGCAAUCCUGAGCCAAUUGAGAGCUGGACUGGCGUGAAGGACUGCACGAAGGGGGCAAAUAUGUGUCCGCAAAAGAAUUACUUCGGCGACACAGAUGAUGUUAUUGGAGAUGAAGAUUGCCUCUACUUGAACGUCUAUCGGCCGCUGUCCACGAAUCCCACGAGCCAGAGACUCCCCGUGAUUGCAUACAUUCACGGAGGGGGAUUUGUCUCCGGAACAGCACACCCGGAUUUGCACGGAGCGGAUUACUUCAUGGACAAUGGAACAGUGAUUCUCGUCACUGUGCAGUAUCGAUUGGGCGCUCUGGGAUUCCUCUGUUCGGGCGAUUCGGCGAGUCAGGGCAAUUUUGGGCUCAAGGAUCAAGUGCUGGCGCUCAAGUGGAUCCAGGACAACAUCAUGAAGUUCGGCGGGAAUCCACGAAUGGUCACGCUGAUGGGCCAGAGCAUCGGAUCCAUUUCGGCCCAGGUUUUGAUGACGAAUCCUCAGACGAGAUAUUUCUUCAAGAGAGCAAUUCUUCUCAGCGGAUCAAUGCUCACCAAAUGGACUAUUUGGGACAAUCCUGUGAAGAACUUCCGUGCUCACGCAGAAGCUAUGGAGUUGUCGAAUUUUGCCACUAGAAGCACUCAAGAUAUCAUCGAUGAGAUGCGGAAGCUCGAUGUGAAAAAAGUCGUGAGGGCGACAAAUGUAGUUUACGAGAAUGACUACUCAACUCCAUAUAGAUUCUGCCUCGAAGGACGCUGGUCAGGCGCUCUGAUUCAGGAAGAUCCGCGAGAAGUGUGGAAGAAGGGAACUUACAGGCAUCGUCCGUUCAUGAUGGGCGUUGUGGCCAAUGAAGGAACGCUUGGGCUAGAUUUCAUCACGAAUGCGACUGUUUUGGAGGAGUUCAAUGAGAAUUUGGAUAAGAAUCUUGCGGAUUUCCUGGACAUUGACGAAAAUCUCGUUCCUUCUGUCAGGGAUUUCUACAUGAAAAGCAGCGCGUCGAUUGAUAAGACGGAUCUGAUGGGAUUUUUAAAGAUGCUCAGCGACAAACUCUUCUUUUAUCCUGUCUACGAGUCCGUUCGGCAGUACAUUCAGUACGGCAGCAACAAAGGAACGCCUGUUUUCCUCACCAAAUUCAACUUCAGAGGCUCUCAAUCGUUCACCAGUAUACUCUACGAUUUGCCCGUUGAUCACGAAUUUGGCGUCGGUCACUCAGAUGAUCUGGUCUACCUCUUCACAUCGCCGGCAUUGUUUCCCGAAGGUUUUGCCAAGGAUUCACUGGACGCGAAGAUGGUGGAGAAGUAUGUAAACACCUUCGUGGAGUUCGCAACAGUUGGAAGGCCACUAAACGCUGGCGCCGUGCGGAAGUGCAAUCGCAUGAACUUUGACCCGUUCUGCGACUAUCAGGAGUUCAGGCGAAAGACAGUGGAAGUGAAACUGCCGACGGACGUGAAAGAGCAACUGGAAGAUGUUCAGGUGAUCGUGACAAAUUCCUUUGACACGGAAAUGAUCACUUUCUGGAAGAAUCUCCUCGCCAAGUGA